AGAUUCGUUGAAGCGUGGUGAGUGGUCGGAAUGUGGCUGCUGCGAACAGACACAGAAGAUUCAAAGAGGGCAAAUUGAUUUCAUAUUGGGUUUGGGCGUUGUUUCGGCCAAAAAAUGAAAGAAUUAAACUGAUUUAAGUGUGUUAUGUGCAAUGUGAACUUACACAACCCUCAUCCUCAAAAAUUGAUCUCAAUUGUUUAUUUACAAAAUGUGACUGAAAGUAUUACUGAUCUCCAAUAUGAAUCAAAAUUUCGUUUCCGCCUUUAUUAUUUUACUGACGUCGCAAUUAGUUUUCGGUUAUUUAAAUUUGUAUCUCAGUUUAUCCGAGGUUCAAAGACUUUUAGGUCUAGAAGCAGAACUCUAUUAUGUUAGAGAUGGGAACAUAAACAACUAUGCGUUAAAUUUUGUAAUGCCAGUGCCGUCCAGUUUAAAUUCCUUGCAUUUCACUUGGGAAAGUUUGGCAGAUCGACCAUUAUUAUACACCAUAAAGGUUGAUACUUCGGAUUCUCAAAUAUUACUUCCGCCACAAUUAAAUAUCACUUCUAGAGGCUCCGUUCCUAAUACUCUUCAGACCUUCAGCUUGUCUCUGCCAUGCUCAGGCGUUGCAACAGGAGAAGUAAAUGUUACUAUAACAAUAAGUGUUACUAUUACACCUUCAAAUGUAACAACACUUAUGUUUAAAAGGAAAAAAAUAUGUACAAAGUUUGAGAUGCAAAAUAAUCAUGUCUUGGUUCAUACAGUGCCGACAUAUUCAAAUUCAACUAGUAUUUUUUAUACCGCAAUUGUUUCGGCUUUAAUUCUGAUAUUUAUUCUUACUUCGGUAACUGCAAUGUAUUAUGUGAGGAAUAAAAAAACUAGAGAUACCAAUAGUGGUACUACGGGGCCCACGACAACCUUUCUCACUACAGUACCAAAAAAUACCGUUAGUACGUCCUACAGUAGCUUUCGGCGAAUGCCUAGCUACUCUCUCAUUGAUGAACGAUCCAAAGAUUUACAAGAAAGGAUAACGGAAUUAACUGUGCAAAGAUGCCGAGUCCGCUUGAACAAUGUAAUCAUGGAAGGGACUUUUGCCCGGGUUUAUCAAGGGUCAUACACCAACGAAGACGGGGUUGACGAGCCAGUGAUAGUGAAAACAGUAACCGACCAUGCCAGUCAAAUACAAAUAUCACUUUUACUACAAGAAGGAAUGUCAAUGUACUCACUUAAUCAUAAAAACAUCCUUAGUAUUUUAAGGGUGUCAAUCGAAGAUCACACAGCACCGUUUUUGCUUUACACUUACAACAAUUACAGUAAUUUAAAAAUAUUCCUACAAAAAUGUAAACUAUCUCCUGAGGGAGUUUCCCAUACACUCACAACUCAAGAAGUGGUAGACAUGGCGUUACAAAUAAUUCAAGCAAUGCAAUAUCUUCACAAGAAAAAUCUUCUUCAUAAAGAUUUGGCUACUAGGAAUUGCAUUGUUGAUGACAAACUUAAUGUACAAGUGGCCGAUAAUGCUCUUUCAAGAGACCUAUUCCCGUCUGAUUAUCACUGUUUGGGGGAUAAUGAAAAUCGUCCGAUUAAGUGGAUGGCCAUUGAAAGCCUUGUUCACAAGACAUUUUCAUUUAGUUCCGAUGUCUGGUCAUUUGGAGUCCUUUUAUGGGAAUUAACAACACUUGCUCAACAACCAUACGUAGAAAUAGAUCCUUUCGAAAUUGUCGCCUACCUCAAAGACGGAUACAGAUUAGCACAACCGAUAAAUUGUCCCGAUGAACUGUUUGCAGUUAUGGCUUACUGCUGGGCAAUGAGUGCAGAAGAACGACCAACCUUCACGCAACUCCAUAUAUGUCUACAAGACUUCUACACACAGUUAACUAGAUAUGUGUAGAUUAUUGUGCCAAAAUAAUUUAUUGUGUGUGUAUUUUUGUAACUUAUACGUGAUGUAACCUAACCGAUAUACUUGUAUAUAAAAGAUGUGUACCUUGUAUGACUGAAUAUUUGUAUUAUUAAAUAUAAUUUUUUGUAUUAACGAUA